CCCGGGCAUUUACCUGAAUGCCAGCAUUGGCACGGAUGUUCAUCUUGGGUUUGACGGGGAAUCAUAUACACAGCUGACCCUUUGCAAAUUGAUCGCAGGUUUCCUUGUUCCUCCCCCAGCUCUCAAGAACGCCCGUCAAUCAUCAUGAGUGGUAUCGUCCAACCUCUUCUAGGAGGCAUUCAGGCCACAGUCUCAGUCAUUCUUACUAUCACUUUUGGUGUAGCGUUCUCCCAGUUCGGCCUUCUGGACGCAGAUGCUGCGAGCAAAAUCUCAAAGACCUCCGUGAAGGUCCUGCUGCCGUGCUUGCUCAUCAACAACCUCGGCAGCCAGCUAAAACCAGAAACCGCGUACGAAUAUGUACCCAUUAUCAUCUGGGCUAUCAUCUACAACGUGCUCUCGAUCUUUCUAGGUCGCGUGCUGUGCAAAGUGUUCAAUCUUCCACGUUGGACCAUCCCUGCAAUCGCGUUCAACAACACCACGUCUCUCCCCCUUCUUUUGAUCGAAUCAUUGGAGACGGCCGGCGUCCUUGGCCCUUUGGUGGCCAAAGGCGAGGGAACCUCUGAAGCAGUGACACGUGCUCGCACCUAUUUCCUGGUCUCUGCUGUUGUCUCGCACGCUCUCACGUUUGGUCUAGGCGGCAGUGAACUCAAGGGUGAUGACGAGGAUCUUCCUGAAGACACCAAAAAUCAGAACCAUAACGAGGAUGAUGCACCACGACAGCGCUACCGCGACGACCCUGAAGCGCAGGAGGACGACGAUGACGAUGAUGAUUCUUCUGACUCCGCUCCCGAGACCUCUCUCUUGCCCCACGCGGUUCACCAUCGUGCGCGCAGAAUCAACAAGCGCACACACACCGUGGUGCACAAUUCUAUGGAGAAACUCCCUUCGUUCCUUCAGACCGCCAUCACGGCAGUUUACAACUUCGUAACACCUCCCUUGGUUGGCGCCAUCAUCGGUGGAAUUAUCGGCUUUGCCCCUCCUCUCCACACGCUGUUCUUCGCCGACGGCAACGAGGGUGGUUACUUCAACGCGUGGCUCACUCAAAGUAUCAAGAACAUAGGCCAGCUUUUCGUUACACUGCAAGUCGUGGUGGUUGGUGUGAAACUUGCGCAGGCAUUGCGCAGAGAGAAGCGAGGUGAAGACUGCGGAACACUGAACUGGGUUCCUGUGACAAUUGUUGUUGCUGUCAGGUACUUCAUCUGGCCUGUCAUCAGCGUAGGUUUGGUAUACGCUAUCGCUGCGAAGACAUCCUGGCUACCAGAGAACCCCAUGUUGUGGUUCGUCAUGAUGUUGAUGCCUACGGGACCCAGCGCGAUGAAGGUCAUGGUGCUUGCGGAUGUCGCUGGUGCAGAGCAGAAGGACAAGAUGGUCAUUGCAAAGUUCUUGGCUGUCAUCUACGCUGUCUCGCCACUAAUGACGUUGACCGUUAUUGGCGGCCUGAAGGCUUGUAGUGCUGCUAUGUAGGUGUCAGCAGCGUCUAGGUCGGAUCAUCAUAUUGGCAUUUGUGUGAGCGCUUUUGUACAACCCAGCGACGUGUUCGACAUAGAAUACAACUAAACUUGCCAUAAAAAGGCUACGCGCUGAAUGCGCUUGAGAGCGAGCACGAUUGUACGUCGCGAGCCGAGCUUACGUUGCAAUGCCAUUCGCAUGUGGUUGAACAAUCAUACGCCUCAUCACCUCAUAAGAAUGUUGCUCUGAUCUGAUCCGAAGUGCUGCGGCCUCUACACUGGUGAGAUGAGGGACGAUGAGCUACCACAAAGCGACAAUGGCGGUACAUUCCGAUAGGCAGGUAUGCACCA